CGCCACCACCGGCUAUGGCAGAAGCUGCGGCUAUGGAGGCGAUGGAGGCGACGAGGCAAAUGGCUGGAGCGGGGGGUGAUCGCGGAGGGCGUGCGGAGAAGAGCGGGAGCGCGGACGGAGAGGGAAAGGGGGGGAUGGGGUCAUGGUUGUCAUCGUCGAUAUCAUCCACCUUUGCCGGGGUCGGAGAAAACAUAGGCUUGGAGAAGAGAUCUGCUGCUGUCCCCGAUCUCGUCGAGUUCGACAUCGCUAUCGUUUGUACCUCGCCUCUAUCUUGUAAGGAAGGAGAAAAGAGUAAUGGCGCCGCCGCCAUAGCUGAAGGGCAGACGAAGUCGGAGACAGAAGGAAAGGAAGAAGAGAUGGACAAAUCACUGCCGGCGGGGAAGAAGAUGUACGAUCCCCUCGAGUACUUGGUCGAUAGACUAGUGGCAGCUGGCUUGGUGGUAGAUACAGUGCCGAGCACUCAAGGGGAGCUGUUCCUCAAGAUCGGUGCGCCUCUUGAGAUGAUCGGUCGAAUGGCAGAAAAGCUUAUGUUGAAGAAACUUACUCGAAUAGGGCUUCAAGCGGUGUUUGACUGGGAACACAGGGAUGCGUACGUGAGACAGCCACACAACAAGGAACUUUUCAGUCGCACAGAGCGAUACCAGUGCCUUGAGGCCAUCCUUUACAGCGCUGGAAGCGAAGGACAGGAUGUGUUCCUUGUGCACCCAAAAACACGAGCGAGCAUGAUUCUCUCUCCAGGGCGGUCUGUGGUGUCCUUUUUAAAGGCAAGGGGGUUUAUCAAAGACGUAUUUCCUUUGCACAGCCAGAAGGCACGACGAGAGCUCCUUCGUAAAUGGCCGUUAAGUUUUUGGAAGUUCACAUCUCAACCGUAUGAUAUGAUCUUCAAUUAUUUUGGGCCCAAGGUUGCGAUCUACUAUGCCUUUUUAGGAAUGUACACAAAGUGGCUUAUGUUUCCUGCCAUCCUCGGUUUGACUCUUCAGGUAGUUAGCAGAUGGUCAGCGAGUGUAAUGAUCUCCACUAUUUUCUCCUUGUUUAUAGUCAUAUGGGCAGUUGUAUUUCUUCAGUUCUGGAAACGGCGGAACAAUGAGCUUCUUGCAAAGUGGGAUCUGAAGUUGGAGGAGGACGAACUGCACAGGCCAUGGGAGAGCGAUAUGUCGCUGGACACCGGUGAAGGUAGCAUCUACUGUUCUUAUCAGGAAGAUUUGCGUGAGCUUGAGAAGCGGCUGAAGAAGGCACUCUGGGAAGAUGAGUGGCGAGCACGUCUCAACGAAGCCAAGAACAACCUCAUCACAAUCUUUGGCGUCAUGUGUGUUCAUAUGCCAUGGGAGCUGCUCUCUCUGUAUAUCGACAGCAUACUGCCGUACAAGUUCCUCAAGUUGGGGUGGACUCUGUGUUACAUUGGCAUUAUCAGACAGCUAACUACUAUUGGUGGUCGAGCUGCUGUUGUCGUGAACAAGAGCAUCAGCCAUCCCACUAAAGAAGCUGAAGCAGACAGUUUGGUAUUCAAGGUAUUUCUCAUACAUUUUAUGCAAAAUUAUAUUGGACUAUUUUUCUACGCUCUGUAUUGGCGGAACUUCGGUCUUCUUCGAAAUGAGAUCCAGACUCGGCUGAUUUUGUCACAGCUGGUGGAGAAUGUCCUGGAGGUUGUUCUUCCGUAUGUGGAGUACCGUUUCAAAAAAUACCAGAAGAUGAGGAAGUUGGGUUACUCAAAGAAGGAAAUUAUGAAAGACGUGAAGUGGAAGGCAAGGCAGCGAGUGGAAAAGGAGUACAUGAUGCCCCGCUUCAUGGCGGCUAUCGGCGAUUCCGAGUUCGAUGGGACUUUUGAUGAAUUCCUGGAGCUUGCAGUUCAGUUCGGCACCGUUACCAUGUUUGCGAGUUCGUUCCCGCUUGUUGGCGUCUUGACUUUCUUGGGAAACCUGGUUGAAAUCAGAUCGGACUCGUUUAAGCUCCUGCAAAUGUAUCGACGGCCCGUUCCCCACGCCGUUGCGUCGAUCGGAUCCUGGCUUACUAUUUUUCAGUACUUGGGGGUGAUGUCCAUCAUUUCGAACUGCAUACUACUGAUGCUUAUGUACGACUCUCAGCGAGACUGGUCGAUCGAUCCAGUCAUCCUUGCCAUCGUGCUUCUUGAGCAUGGACUUCUCUUGGUGCGGUUCCUACUCACUUGGUUCGUUCCUGAGGAGCCUGCAUGGUUAAGAGUGUGGCACAUGAAGCAUCGGCGCGCUCAGCAAUUGUAUGCCACAAACAUCGUACGCGACUGGCAUAAAGCCGCAGUUAAGUUGGAGACCAUGAGUGACAUCAGGGAUCAGCGCAUCCCCGGUGCUCAGGUGCUUGAAGACGAAUACGCCGAUGAUCCCUGCUCAUCGUCGUCUAAGGACGAGUAACCUCUAUGACUUGGUUGGUUUUCUGCUUCACUAUCCGUUGUAACUGAUAGAUCUUUUUCUCAUGUUUCUGUAGGUGUGACAGUACUACAACUAUGCAAAUGUGCAGUGCCGACCCUUGGCUACCACACCCAAGGAAGGCAGCAGGGGCAUAUAGAUUACCCAAUCCUGAUCAUCGCGGCUCAGGAUCAUCCUUUCCCAUCUGCCAGUUCAAAACAGGAGUAUCGAUUCCGUCUUUCUCUCUCUCUCUCGUCGCAUUUUCAGGCCAAGCAAGAUGCUGUUCAUUACAGUCGCGUUCAGCACCAUUGCUACGAAUGCUGUUCACGAUGAUAUCUAGUGCAUUGCAGCUGCGGUCUUUUUUUUUAUAUGCGAAGAUGUCCUAACUUCUUCGAAGGUCUUUCCUAUGCCUGUGGGUGUAGAGCCAUUGGAUACGAACACCUAUCACGUAAAACCAUUGGAUUCCGUUUCGGUUGCGGUUGAAAACUGUCGACCUUGUGUUGGAUUGAGAGACUCGAGGACUUCGAGAAGUUUCGACCUUAGAUUCCGUUGCGGUUGCGGAAAAUUUUGUGAUAGGUCGCAAGACUCGCAGCCAUCCACCCGAUUUGACCCAACUACCAUCUUCACCCGAAUAGAAUGCCCGGUCAUUAUAGCUGUAUUUGGCACAACUUUCAGCCCAGAUACGGCGAUAAUUACCAGGCGUUCUAUUCGGGUGAAGACGGUAAUGAAGGGGCUGAAGAUGGAAGGUGUGAGAUGGUGAAAGGUGGGAUGACGGGAGUGUCGGGAGGUGAGUUAGGGGCCUGAGGGCAUGCUCACACGAGGACUUUUUUCCUACUAAGUUCUGGACGUGAUUGCAGUCUGUCUGUAAUUGCAGUAGUCCGAAUCUAUCAGAUACAUUUCGGGAAGUACUAGCAUGAGUAUGCCCUGAAUCAAGUGGAUAUUGGGUGCAAGCAACAGCUUCGGGGGUCAGGGUGUUGCGUUUCUCUUCGAGGUUUGGGACUCGGUCAGUUCCGCGGUUUACGCCAGAUUGCGUCUUUUUUGGAGGGGCACCAGCCCAGUUGCAGGACUGUGCUGCUACGUCAGAUUGCCUCUUCGAGGAGUACCCGUCAGUUAGUAUGUGGUGAUUUUCAUAGGCUCAGAGUUUAGGAGGGUCUUGCGUCCUAUAAGACAUGACCCUCCUAAGGUGCAGGAUUUGGGGUGCGACCUUGUUUGAGUGUUGUUGAGAGGGUACCAACCAGCCAGGUAGGAUUUUUUCAGGGCCAGAGAAGGACAAGAGGGGUGGGGGAAGUGGGGUCUGCAGAGGAGGAGGGGACCGAUUUUGGACUGCUGCUUAGUGUGCUUCUUGAAGGGGUACCAGCCCAUUAGGAUUUAGGUGUCCUUGAGUGUCAGGGAAGGAAGAGAGGGGAGGAGGAAAUGGGGGGCUGGGAGGGGAGGAGAAGUGGACGUGGGGCGAUUGGCAAGGGAACAGAGGAGAGGGGGGGGGGGGGAAACAAGGGGUGUGCACAGAAGGGAAGUUUGAGGGACUGCUGUCCAGUUUUUCCAAGUGAGCAGUGCGAAUGAAAGGAGACGAACUCG